AUGAGUGACGACGUGGUUUGGCAGCUUAUAAAGGACGAUUUCUGCGCCUACAGAAAAUGCACGGACACGACAAGCUUCUGCACCAACGCUUACAAUGUAACUGGCCUCUGCGAUCGUGGUAGCUGCCCUCUUGCAAACAGCAACUAUGCCACUGUUAUCGAGGACCAAGGGUCGUUGUAUCUGUGCAUGAAGACUGCGGAACGCUGCCACACGCCUCGUGAUCAAUGGGAGCGGUUGAAGCUGUCCAAGAAUCUCCAAGAAUCUUUAUCGCAGAUUAACGAGGCAACAAAAGUUGGAAUCGCAGCAUACCUAACACAAAAGUGCCGGCUAAGGCUAAAACGCUGGAGGGAAGUUUUGCAGAGGAUGCGCAGAGAGGCACUCUCGCAAAAGACGAAGGUGGCUCCAAUCAAGAGGAAGACGGAGAGGCGCGAGGCUAUUCGCGAGAGGAAGGCGGAAAUCGCUGCUAGAUUGGACAACGCAAUAGAACAGGAGUUGCUUAACCGUCUUUCAAAGGGAACGUACGGUGAACUCUAUCAGUUCGAGCAGGAAGUCGAGGCACAGAGUGAAAAGGACGCAGAGGUGCAAACUGUCGAUGGCCGCCGCUCACGAGCCAGGAUGCAUAUGGAGAUCGAGUACGAUGAGGAUUUCGCACGCGAUGUGGCACAGUAG